AUGACCAAUCUGUGCGACCCUAAUUCAAUUCGUCCCUUUUUUUCCGAGUUCAAAGGCCGACCGUUGGCGCCAAUCGAAGGGGAUGACCAUCGUAUCUAUCUAUCUAUCUAUCUAUCUAUCUAUCUAUCUAUCUAUCUAUCUCAUUUAUUCAUAUUGAUCUCGCCCAGUCUGUUCAGAUCUAUCUAUCUAUCUAUCUAUCUAUCUAUCUAUCUAUCUAUCUAUCUAUCUAUCUCAUUUUUUCUAUUUUCAAGAGAAAUGUUAGGUCAUUUGGUCAUCUUUCUUCACGUGAUUUGUCUCUGCAUUUGUUCUAAUUACACAAAUAUCUGCGGAUUAUCUAUCUAUCUAUCUAUCUAUCUAUCUAUCUAUCUAUCUAUCUAUCUAUCUCAGUCUACAAAUGUCUCUACGCAUAAAUCUGUUUCGUUUCUUCUCUGUUUUGUCUUUCUUUCUUUCUUCCUUCCUUUCUUUCUUUCUUUCUUUCUUUCUUUCUUCUUUCCUUUCUUUCUUUCUUUCUUUCUGUUCAUCUGUCAGACUGUCUAUCAAUCUCACAUUCUAUUCAUAUCUAUCUAUCUGAAGCUACGCAGAUCUCUAAGCAUUAAUCUGUUUCGCUUCAUCCUUCUCUCAUUUCUUUCUUUCUGUUCAUCUCUCAGUCUGUCUAUCUAUCAGACUAUCUCAUUCUAUGCAUAUCUAUCUAUCUAUCUAUCUAUCUAUCUAUCUAUCUAUCUAAAGCUACGCAUAUUUCUAAGCAUUAAUCUGUUUCGCUUCAUCCUUCUCUCUUCUCUCCUCCUUUCUUUCUUUCAGUUCGUCUGUCUGUUCAUCUAUUUAUAUCAAUAUCUCUCUACAUAA